UGUAAUCCAAUUAUUUCCCGUGAACAAAAUAUACUGUUCUUAGUUCUUAGUUCUUAGUUCUUAGUUCUUACAAACAAAAGGAAAAUUAAGAGGGCAAGAAUAGAACAAUUUUUCUUCUUCCUCAUUUUUUAAAAUUUCCUUUGAUUUGAUGGGAAGUUUAUACUUUUCUUCAAGAAAUCAAACUCAUUCAUUGGUUCAGAUUCCUGAUUUAAGUUGAGAUUUCGGCUAAUUUCCCCCCCUUUGCUAGCCUAUUUUGUGAUUCUUCAAUACUUAGGGUUCUUGAUUUUUUAAAAUUUUAAUUGAGAUUUCGGCUAAUAUCUCUCUCUUCGAAUCACAUUUCUUCCUAAUGGAGUCAUCUGGUGCUCGAACUCCGGCAUUCGGUCAAACAGAGAUUAAUUGGGAUAAACUAGACAAGACAAAAUUCUAUGUUGUCGGAGCUGGGCUUUUUACGGGGAUUACAGUGGCACUUUAUCCAGUUUCCGUUGUUAAGACCAGGCUACAGGUUGCUUCUAAGGAUGUUGCUGAGAAAAGUGCGUUUUCAGUUGCCAAAGGCAUAUUGAAAGCUGAUGGUGUACCUGGUUUGUACAGAGGAUUUGGCACAGUGAUCACAGGCGCAGUUCCGGCCAGGAUUAUAUUUCUCACUGCUCUAGAGACUACAAAAGUGGCAGCUUUUAAGAUGGUUGAACCACUUAAAUUGUCUGAACCAUCACAGGCAGCCAUCGCAAAUGGUAUUGCCGGCAUGGUUGGAUCACUUUCUGCGCAGGCUGUGUUUGUACCAGUGGACGUGGUUAGCCAGAAGUUGAUGGUACAAGGGUAUUCGGGCUACGCAACAUAUAACGGAGGCCUUGAUGUUGUUCGCAAAAUUUGUAGGUCAGAUGGUGUUCUGGGACUGUAUAGGGGUUUUGGUCUAUCAGUGAUGACAUAUGCCCCUUCCAGUGCUGUAUGGUGGGCCAGUUAUGGAUCUAGCCAACGUUUAUUUUGGAGCCUUCUAGGAGAUGGGACUGAGAAGCAAGAAGCUCCUAGUCUAGGGAAAAUUGUGGGGGUUCAAGCUGCUGGGGGUGUUGCUGCUGGUGCCACAGCAUCUUGCAUAACAACUCCUUUAGACACCAUUAAGACUCGCUUACAGGUAAUGGGACUAGAUAAUAGACAGAAUACUGUUCAAGUUGUAAAGAAAUUGAUUGCAGAUGAUGGUUGGAAAGGUCUUUAUAGAGGACUAGGUCCAAGAUUUUUCAGCAUGUCCGCUUGGGGAACUUCUAUGAUACUGGCUUAUGAAUAUCUCAAGCGGCUAUGUGCAAAGGAGGACUAGUUUUUUACGACAGCACAUUUGCUGAAUUGCUUUGAAGGAUUCAGCUUACUCACCCUUGGCCCUUUUUCAUCGCCAUUCUUUCAUCAACUGCCAUCAACAAUAACGAAAAACUUUUUGCAACUUGUUUUCGUGACUUCAGUACACAGCCUCUGAUAAUCGCUCCGUAAGAUGGGUUAUACCUACUGAAUUAGCAAUUUGUAUUUAGCAGAACAUUCCUGUUACUCAAAAUCAGGGAGAAUGUCUGUUCAUAAAACAUAGAUUAGAAAGUUACAGAGAAGAGCCGUCAUUUUUCUGUAUAUUCUCAAUGGACUACAAAAUAUAAAAGUCAUGAGCUUACACAGUUACACCCCAAGGGUGGCAGUGGUAAAUUCAUUGAACCGUAAAAAAAAUUCUGGUACAAGGAAGAUGUAGCUUUAUUUUUCCUUUUUACACAUUCCUUUGUUCAUAAUGCUUGAAAUUUGCAAAUGGUGUAAAAUUAUAUUAGCAUAUUGCUCUCCCCUUUGUUUUA